AUGGUCUUGGCUACUGGCGCCCGGGAGGCGAAUGGGCGCUGUUUGUACAUAUUAGCCUACUCCGAGGGCGGACACUUUGGGUUUUGCAUCGGGUCUGCCUUGUGUCAACAAUACGCCUGUAGAGGAGCUGUUGUGGCGCCCAGUCCGAUCGACCGACCGACUGACCGAGCCGCGGCAGUUGGUUCGAACUGGUGCGGAAAAAAGGCGGCGAUCGAUCGGCCGUUUGAUGCGUCAGCAGUCCGACGCGAAACGCUGGACUGGCUGGGCCGAUGCAACUGUCAUGCCUUAGCCGAAGCCGACGGGCCUACUCAAAACAGGGUUCGCUCGUUUUUCCGUCUGUUGAGUAGACUUGCAUAUCGGUUAUAA